CUCCGUCUGCAAUGCCAGGUUAAUUUUCCCCGAGCUGGCGACGGUCGGGUGGUGCAGCACGAACGCCGAUGCCGAGGCAUCUGAAACCAGGAGUUACCGGACGGGGUGUUAGUGCAGGAAGGAACCGCAGAUGCUGCUUGACACCGGAGACAGACACGAAAUGCUGGAGUAACUCAGCGGGACACGCGGCGUCUCUGGAGAGAAGGAAUAUCUGACGUUUGGGAGUCGAGACCCUUCUCCAGACGGCGUUGGGAUGGAGAAUCCAUGAUUCCAGCAGGAGCGGACCUCGCCUCGUCCCACUGAGAUCUCCCCUCUUAAAGAAUCACCCCUCAAGCUUUAGACCCUGAUGUCCAAAGGUAUAUCCCCCCAGACCCCGAGCCAGGACCAUGUUGGUGUGCUUGUGGGCAGCUGUGUCUAGCCAUGGCAUCUAGACCUGCCACCCGGGUGGCGCCGCCUUCGUCCAGGUUAAGCCGCAGGGUGCUGUUCAUCUUCAGCUUGUCCCUGUGUUUCACGUACCUGUGCUACAGCCUCCUGUACUGCGCCCACCCCGUCAUGCAGAGACCCCUGGGCUUUGCCGAGGACCGCGCCUGCUACUUGCUGCAGCUAGGGCCGCCGAAGAAACUCCUGCACAAGUCACAGUACUGUGGUGACUCGGAGCAGCCCGGCGCCGCCCGCCACGGCCAAGACCGAGACCCAGACCCAGACCAAGGCGCUCACCUCCGGGCGUCGCCUCCCGCCGACGGGCCGGUCACCCGGGGGGCUCCGGCGCUGCCUCCUCACCAACAGGACAGGAGCGCCAAUGGGACCUCCAGACUGGGCAACAAGCGCCUACCCAGGGCGAUCAUCGUGGGCGUGAAGAAAGGGGGCACUCGGGCCGUGCUGGAGUUCAUCCGCGUCCACCCCGACGUCCGGGCGCUGGGCACCGAGCCCCACUUCUUCGAUCGGCACCACGACAAGGGGCUGGACUGGUACAGAAGCUUGAUGCCGAAGACGUUGGAUGGCCAGCUGACCAUGGAGAAAACGCCCAGUUACUUCGUCACCAGGGAGGCACCAAAGCGCAUCUUCUCCAUGGCAAAGGUCACCAAGCUGGUGGUGGUGGUCAGGAACCCAGUGACCAGAGCCAUUUCGGAUUACACACAGACACUGUCCAAGAAACCCGAGAUUCCCACCUUCGAGGUGCUGGCCUUCAAGAACAGGACCCUGGGUCUGAUCGAUGCCUCUUGGAGCGCCAUCCGUAUUGGGAUCUACGCCUUGCACCUGGAGAACUGGCUCCAGUUCUUCCCCCUCUCCCAGAUCCACUUCGUCAGCGGGGAGAGGCUCAUCAUUGACCCGGCCGGAGAAAUGGGAAAAGUCCAGGACUUCUUGAGCCUCAAGAGGAUCGUCACUGACAAACAUUUUUACUUCAAUAAAACCAAGGGAUUUCCGUGCCUGAAGAAACCUGAGAGCAGCAGCCUGCCAAGAUGCCUCGGAAAAUCUAAAGGAAGGACUCACGUCCAGAUAGACUCAGACGUUAUUGAGCAGCUAAAAGAAUUUUACAGACCAUAUAAUAUAAAGUUUUAUCAAAUGGUGGGACAGGACUUUCGAUGGGACUAACUGUUAGCUGAAUUACACUUUGAGAAAAUAAAGGAAAUAACAUUUAUAAAUCUUGCACCAUACUCACCCAAGUGGUUUGUGAUGACACAUACAGUGAUGACAUCCAAGUCCAUGGAUAUUUUUAAGGUGCAGAUCAACAGAUUCGUGAUUGGUACGGGUGGCAGGGGUUAUGGGGCGAAGACAGGAGAAUGGAGUUGAGAGGGAAAGAUAGAUCAGCAAUGAUCGAAUGGCAGAGUAGACUUGAUGGGCCAAGUGGCCUUGUUCUGCUCUAUAAGUUAUGAACACGAUACAAGCCAGGCUGUGCCAGAGCUCACAUGAUGGGACCCUGAGGUUCGACAGAGAGCUUAAGGAUCUCCCUCCUGCAAUGGGAUUUAGGGAAGUCACUGCUGCAAACAGAAACAGACACUGACCAAUAACAAGGCAACCAUGGGGGAUAGCACAAACAAACCAUAGGACCCAAUGCUGGUCCUGCCACUAGAACACCUGUAGCAGAAACCAUUGUAGGGGAAGCCUUUGGGAAAACAGGACCAACCACUGGACCAACCACUGGCCCAUCCACUUGAAGAGAAACUGAAUGUGCAGGGGAAGUCCAUUGGGCAAACAGAAUUGGGCAACCAUAGGGGAAGGCUACUGAAGUACCUGCAGGGGAAAUUAAUGGACAAACCAGACGAACCACUGGGGUAAGAGAACAGACAAGUCAGGCAAGACACAUUCACACAUUCACACAACCACAGAAUAGUCACAGCAUGGGAGGAGGCCACUUAGCCCAUCAAAUCUAUAUUUGCUCUAUGUCAGAGCGAUUCAGCUGAUCUUUCCCCUCCACGGCACGGUGGCGCUGCAGUAGAGUUACUGCCGCACAACGCCAGAGAUCCGGGUUUGAUCUACGGGUGCUGUCUGUACGGUGUUUGUAUGUUCUCCCCGUGACCUGCGUGGGGUUUCCCCUUUCCUCCCACACUCCAAAGGUUUGUAGGUUAAGUGGUUUGGUGUCAUUGUAAGUUGUCCCUAGUGUGUGUAGGAUAGUGUUAAACCCCUAAUCCUGCAAAUUCAUGCUUUUUGCACGCCUGACCCCUUUGAACAUUUACAUGAAUGAUCGGUCUAUCCCCUCCCUGACUUGAAACACAUCUCCACGACACCCUCGUAAUAUUCUCUACCAUAAAUAAACACCUUAGCUUCUCCAGUCUAUCCCCUGUUUCACCUUUUAGUAAAUCUCGUCCACAACUCCUUCUCUUCAAAAACCUUGACACCACUCCUAAAAUGUGGGUCCCCACUACCAGACACAUUACUCCAGUUAAAGCCAGCCCAGUGCUUUAUGGAUGCUUGCUGAGAUGUUCAUAUAGAUGUUCACUAUCUUGCUCUUGAACUCUCUGCCAUUAAUUAUAAUCCAUGUAACGCAUGGACUUCGCUGACCAUUUGCUUGACCUGCCCAGCCGUUUCCAACCAACCAUACUCGCACAUCCCCAGAUAUCCCAAUUCUUAAACACCUUUUAAAAUUGUAUCCUCGAGUUUAUAAUUCAUAUUCUCGUGCAACCUACAAAAUGCAACCUGUCAUGCUUUGUAAUAUUAAACUUUAUCCAUCACCUUUUCACCCAUUCCAACAGUCUGUCGAUACCUUCUUGACACUUAUAGCUAUCCCUGUCAACAUUUGCGAUGCCUCUGAGUUUUCUAUAUAUUUGGAAAUUGUGUCACAUAAGCCCAAGCUUCAAUUAUUAAAAUACGUUAGAGUACUGGUCCUAGUAAUCACCCUGGGGAACUCUAUUGGAUUUUUUUUUUCCCAGGUCAAAUAAAAUGAUCUUUCACCACCAAUGUUUGUUCCCUGCUGCUUAACCAAUUUUCUAUCCACACUGCUACACAGCCCCUUUCAGUCCACAAUCUUAAAUCUAGAUGACAAGCCUAUUGUACAGCACUUUAUCACUUGCCAUAAACACACAAGUUGAUUACAAUCCCACCAUAAACCUUCUCUGUCAUAGAGGCACAGAGUUAUACAGUGUGGAAACAGGCCCUUCACCUGAACUUGCCCACACCGAUAAACAUGUCCCAUCUGCACAAGCCCCACCUGCCUGCAUUUGGCCCAUAUCCCUCUAAACCUGUCCUAUCCAUGCAUCUGUCCAAUUGUUUCUCAAAUGUUGCAAUUGUACUUGCCUCCACUACCUCCUCCGUCAGCUCGUUCUAUACACCCACCACCCUUUGUGUGAAAAAGAUAUCUCUCCGGUUCCUAUUAAACCCUUCUCUCUUCACCUUAAACCUAUGUCCCCUGGUUCUAGAUCCCCCUUCUAGUUUUCUGUGUGUUUAGAUAGAUAGAUACAUAGAUACAUAGAUUGUGUAUCUUUGUAGACAGUUAGAUCU